AUGGCGGGGAGGCCCGGGGCGGAGCUGGAGCGCCGGUGGCGUCGGGGAGCCCGGAGCGCCCGGCCCACGGCGCCGCCCCUCCGGCCGGGGAAGCGCAGCCCUGGGCACUCGGCGCGCCGCUCCCUCCGCCGCCAGGAUCAGCCGCUGGCCCUCGCCCGUGACGCUUUAAAAAGGGCACGGGGAGGGCCGACCGCCGCCUCCUCCUGCCCCUCGCGGCUGGGGCGUGGGCGGCGGCUGGGGCGUGGGCGUGGGCGUGGGCGGCGGCGGGCGGGGCGGAGGCGGGACGCGGGCCAAGGGCGCGCGAAGCACGGGAGACGCGCGGGGCGCUGGACCCGUAGCUCCGGGCCAGGCGCGGUGUUUGGGAGCGCAGGGAUCCGCGGAAAAGCCAGGGCUGGGAGCGGCGGCCCAGCCCUCUUGCAGCGCCCCGAGGACCGACUGGUCGAAGCUUUCCAGGCUCAAAGCCUGUUCCAGAUGUGGCAUCUUAGAAUGAUCGCUGUCAAUUACCAUGAUUACGCUAUCAGUGUGACACACUCCACGGCCCAGCACCUGAGUCCUGGCCUCGCUCUUUCCUCGCGGAACAACGUGAGCUUCAGCGCCCAGUCCACCUUCUCCAGCUACUGGUCCGUGGGCUCCAUGCAGCCACCUGGCCACCGGGUCCGACCGGUCAGCAGCACUGCCAGCGUCUAUGCAGGCGCCGGGGGCUCGGGCCUCUGGAUCUCCGUGUCCCGCUCCACCAGCGUCCGGGGCGGCUGGGGGUCCGGGAACCUGGGCGCCGGGAUGGCCAGGGGUCUGGUGGGUGUAGGGGGCAUCCAGGGCGAGAAGGAGACCAUGCAAGACCUGAAUGACUGCCUGGCCUCCUACCUGGAGAGGGUGAGGAGCCUGGAGGCCAAUAAUAGGAGACUGGAGAACAAAAUCCAGGAACACCUGGAGAAGAAGGGACCCCAGGUCAGAGACUGGGGGCACUACUUGAAGACCAUCGAGGACCUGAGGGCUCAGAUUUUUGCAAGUUCUGUGGACAAUGCCCGCACCGUUCCGCGGAUUGAUAAUGCCCAUCUUGCUGCUGAUGACUUCAGAGUCAAGUAUGAGACAGAGCUGGCCAUGCACCAGUCUGUGGAGAGUGACAUCCAUGGGCUCCGCAAGAUCAUUGAUGACACCAACGUCAGCCGGCUGCAGCUGGAGACUGAGAUUGAGGCUCUCAAGGAGGAGCUGCUGUUCAUGAAGAAGAACCGCGAGGAGAAAGUAAAGGGUCUACAAAACCAGAUUGCCAACUCUGGGUUGACCGUGGAGUUGGAUGCCCCCAAAGCUCAGGACCUCAGCAAGAUCAUGGCAGACACCCGGGCCCAGUAUGACGAGCUGGCUCAGAAGAACCGAGAGGAGCUGGACAAGUACUGGUCCCAGCAGACUGAGGAGAGCACCACAGGGGUCACCUUGCAGACCGCUGAGAUAGGAGCUGCUGAGAUGACACUCACGGAGCUGAAACGCACCAUCCAGUCCCUGGAGAUCGACCUGGACUCCAUGAGAAAUCUGAAGGCCAGCUUGGAGAACAGCCUGAGGGAAGUGGAGGCCUGCUAUGCCAUGCAGAUGGAACAGCUCAAUGGGGUCCUCCUGCACCUGGAGUCGGGGCUGGCCCAGAGCCGGGCAGAGGGGCAACGCCAGACCCAGGAGUACGAGACCCUGCUGAACAUCAAGGUCAAGCUGGAGGCUGAGAUCAACACUUACCACCGCCUGCUGGAAGACGGGGAGGACUUCAAUCUUGGUGACGCCGUGGACAGCAGCAACUCCAUGCAAACCAUCCAGAAGACCACCACCCUCAGGCUCGUGGAUGGCAAAGUGGUGUCUGAGACCUCAGACAUCAAAGUUCUGAGGCAUUGA